AUGAGGCAGGAGCUGGGCCAAGAAGAAAGCCUUCAGCGCCCAUCUGAACUUCUUGCAGUGUCUCAGGAAAAGUCGUGGAGAAUGGGAGAAGUUCACCUGCUGAGAGCAGUACCUCCCAUGUGCGGUGUUCAUUCGUACGUCUUCGCCCCAAACCACUGCAAAUCUCUGCAGUUCCAAAUCUGCUGCUCCCUUGACACCUCUCAGACCUGCCGGCCCUUUUCACGGGAGCUCUCUCAUCUCCUGCUGCUGUUACUCUGGCUGCACCACUCAGUGCACACUCCCAAGGCUGGUGGCUGGUGGACGCUUCUGAGAGAGACUUUAUUGCUGCGGGAGACGGUCCUGCAGCAGAAGGAGACCAUCGGCAGCCAGCGGGAGGCCAUCCGCGAGCUCACCGGCAAGCUGAGCCGCUGCGAGGUGACCGACGGCAAGGGGCCGUGGAAGAAGGAGAAGGGCAAGGACACGAUGGGCGACCUGCCGCGGGACCCGGCGCAGGUCAUCGACCAGCUGAGCCGCACCAUGCAGACCCUGAAGGACCGUCUGGAGAGCCUGGAGCACCAACUCCGAGCCAACGUGUCGUAUGCAGCGCUGCCCAAUGACCUGCGGGAGAUGCUCCAGCGGAGGCUUGGAGACCUGGAACGCCAGCUGCUGAGCAAGGUGGCUGAGCUUGAGGAUGAAAAAUCUUUGCUUCAUAAUGAGACAUCGGCCCAUCGGCAGAAGACAGAGACAGCCUUGAAUGCUUUGCUAGAAAGGGUGUCUGAAUUAGAAAAAGGUAACAGUGCGUUUAAAUCACCUGAUGAGUUCAAAGUGUCCCUUCCUCUUCGCACCAACUACUUGUAUGGGAAGAUCAAGAAGACUCUGCCAGAGCUGUAUGCUUUCACUGUAUGUUUAUGGCUGAGAUCGAGUGCUUCUCCUGGAAUUGGCACUCCGUUCUCAUAUGCUGUUCCUGGUCAAGCUAAUGAAAUUGUCCUCAUAGAGUGGGGGAAUAAUCCAAUUGAACUGCUAAUUAACGAUAAGGUUGCCCAGCUUCCUCUCUUCAUUAGUGAUGGAAAAUGGCAUCAUAUCUGUAUAACAUGGACAACAAGAGAUGGAAUGUGGGAGGCUUUUCAGGACGGAGAGAAGCUUGGCACUGGAGAGAAUCUUGCCCCUUGGCACCCAAUUAAACCUGGAGGUGUCUUGAUCCUGGGUCAGGAGCAGGACACAGUUGGAGGAAGAUUUGAUGCAACUCAAGCCUUCGUUGGGGAGAUGAGCCAGUUCAAUAUAUGGGACAGGGUAUUAAAAGCUGAAGACAUCAUGAAUAUUGCUAACUGCUCUACCAACAUGCCUGGCAACAUCAUCCCCUGGGUUGAUAACAACGUGGAUGUGUUUGGAGGUGCAACUAAGUGGCCUGUGGAGACAUGUGAAGAGCGCCUGCUAGAUUUGUAGCUGCAAGCGUUUCCCACCAAGUGCCCCCUUUUAGUAGGACAAUCUCCUGUGCGAUAUAAAGCACUGAUUUUUCUCUCUGCCCUUCCGUAACUCCUCAAAAAUAGAAAAUAAAGAAAUUGAAUAAAUGGCCUCAGUGCAAAAGUGAAUAAAUAAAA